AUGGCGACAGGCCACACCUCUGCUGACCUGCCUGGCACGGCCAACAGCACACCCCAGGUGCGGGAACGGACGAAAUCCUCGAAGAAACAGCAGAAACCAUCGCCCAAGCUUACGACGGAGACUUUGAGUGAUGGUGAUUUGAAGCCGAGAAGUGAGAUUGAGAAGGAAGCUAAGACGUAUGGCCGGACUCCCGAUGGAACUGUCUUUGUCGUCCCCCAAACUCAUGAUAUGGUCUCUACCCUCCUCUCGCCCAAGGAACCAAAGAAUCUCUCUGAUCUCCUCGUUCUGGGUGUUUUGGCGUUCCACAUAAGCCUAUUGUUCAUCCUCCCGCAAUGGUCCCUAAAACCAGUGUUUAUGUUUACGUUUCUCUUUUGGCGGGCCGGAUACAAUCUUGGAAUCGGCCUACUCCUCCAGUCUCAGAGCAAAUAUAAACAGCUCACACACUGGGCUGCCAAAUACAAGCUAUUUGACAGAGAAGCUCACCCGGUUCUAUACGACUUUAUCAAACGUGAAAUCUCAACGAAGAUACCCUCCGAAGACUAUGACUUUGAUAAAGCACCACUCGAAUACAACACUUGGAUGGUGUUCCGUAGGCUUGUGGAUCUAAUCCUCAUGUGCGAUUUCGUGAACUAUGUGCUAUUCGCCUAUGUUGCCACUGAAGUACCUACCAGCCAUAAGAUGUGGUUGCAUGUCUGCAGAUGGGUCGCAGGAGUGGUCUUGUUCGUGUUUAAUGUCUGGGUCAAGCUGGACGCACAUCGAGUUGUGAAAGAUUAUGCUUGGUACUGGGGUGAUUUCUUCUUUAUGAUUGAUCAAUCCUUGACUUUUGAUGGAGUUUAUGAGAUCGCACCACACCCGAUGUACUCGGUAGGAUAUGCGGGGUAUUAUGGAAUUUCACUUUUCUCUGCUAGUUAUACCGUCUUCGCUAUCUCUCUCAUUGCUCACGCUGCCCAAUUUGCUUUCCUCGUCCUUAUCGAAGAUCCACACAUCCAAAAGAUCUAUAGCCCCCCUCCACAGAAGCGCAAAGCUCCUCAGAAGCCAACUCUUAUCAUCGAAGAUAGUGCAACCUCAAGCCUGGCUAGAGAUGUCUCUCCCCCACCCUCGAUAUCCUCUUCAGAUUUCCCCGAGCCAUCUGAGGAACAACCAAUCAUGCGCCCACUUGUUGGCUACAAAAACUUCGAUUUUGUUCGAACUCCAGACCUUCAGCUUCUAUUCCUAGGAAUCUACAUGGUUUCUUUGGCCCUCUUGGUCCCUGCCACGCCACUUACUCAGGCCCUAUUCAUUUUUCACGCAUUAUUCUGGAGGCUAUUCUACUCGGUCGGGCUUGGAAUCAUACUCAAUCUUCAAAGCGAACGCAAGUCCUGGACACGUCACUUCCUCAAAUACGGUGAAUCGUUGGAUGAGUCGUGGAGACAAUGGAGAAGUCUGUUCCACAUGGUCAACUGCAUGUGCCAUUUAAGUUUCGGGGCCGCCUGCUGGAAGGUAUACUCGCCGCCAGAGAACUGGUCUACCGAUAUGGCAUUGUUGAAGCAUAUGCUUGGAUUUUUGCUCGUUGCGCUCCAGAUGUGGGCUGCAGCUUCGAUUUAUGAUAGUGUCGGCGAAUUCGGCUGGUUCUACGGUGACUUCUUCUUCGACACUCGCCCAAAACUCACCUAUUCUGGCAUCUAUCGUUUCCUCAAUAACCCAGAACGUCUCUUCGGCUGCGCAAGUGUCUGGGGCCUCGCUCUAGUCACCUCGAACCCAGCAAUUUACCUCCUCGCACUACUAGCUCAUAUUGCCACCCACCUCUCAAUCGAUUUUGUCGAACGCCCCCAUAUGGAAAAACUUUAUGGAGAUCUCCGUCAGGAUGCCGGCGUAGCCAAAACCUUGAAGCGCGCUGUUCCGGGGGGCCUCAACGACCGCCUUCAAAGAAUCCAAGGAUCCCUCGAUAAGGUUGCAAACACGACAACCGAUCUCGUCGAAGAAUUCCUAGAUAGAGCGAUGAAACGUCUCUCAAAUAACGAAGAAGCCAAUACCCUCCUCUCUGACACCCCCGCGAGAACCGAACGUCGUCAUUUGAGCUUCCCAACAUCAUCCCGCAUCCUCUUCUCUGGAAUCACAGCCAAUGAACUUUCAAAACUCGAUUUGUCUCUUUAUUCCAUCUCCAUCCUUUCCGCAAAGCAUUCUCCAAAGCCGCCGGGCUCUGCCAUCGACACAUUCUCGCCACUCUCGGUAUCAUACGGUUCUGCUGUUAGGAUCGCUUGGACAGCGCCCAGACUUCACUCUAAAAAGGAUUGGAUCGGUCUCUACCGUGUAAACGACAACUCGAAGCGUGCGGUCACUGGUACCGCUUCUAUGGGUCGUUGGACAGCCGUAUCUCGUGGCGAGUAUCCACAAUACGAUGAAGAGUCAAUUUUGAUCUGCGACGCCAAACAACCGAUCGAUGAAACCCACGAUGAUGAAUAUGUCCGUGGUGAAGCCAUCUUUGAGGGUCACAGACUAUUCUGGCAUACUGGAGUCUACGAAUUCAGAUAUCAUCACGGAGGCAGACAUAACGUCAUGGCGAUUAGUUUACCAUUUGAAGUUGUGGUUGACAAGUUUGAUGAAAGUUCGUCUACACCUGGAAAGAUUAUCAAUGUAGAUGAGAUCUUAAAGCCAUUGGUUGGUGUUGUAAGAGAUUGUUUUGAUCGAAAGGAAGAUUUGGCACCUGAGAGUGCAGAUGAUGAGUUUGGAGAAGUUGCGGAGAUGAAGUAUGCGAAGAGGAUUGUGUAUGCUGUUAAGGAAAUGUUUGGUCUGGACUUGGCCCCCGAGGUUGUCAGGGCUGACGGUACAGUUCGUAAAUUGGCAUGGCGUAUUGUUAACGCAAAAAGGGUUUUGGCACCUUUCAGCUUAUCCCGAUCAUCUCCUUCUGCCCCUUCUUCGCCCAUUGAAGCAUAG